CUAUACAUAAAGCUGAUGGGAUAAGGGUCUGCUCAUACGAAGAAGCAUGAUGGGGAAAAGGUAUCCACGGCUCUUUCUUCUACAGUGGAUAUUUGUCUUUUUAUUUACAGGUGGCGUGUUGUCGCAGCAGAGUACUUCGGCCCCGACCUCAGAGGAAAGCAUCAGUUCUGCUAGUGAGGAAUCCUCCGAAGAGGAAAACUAUGACUCAUUUAGUCGGAACGUGGAGCAGGAAUUACGUUUAAAGAUAUUCGACCGACUAAGUUAUGAUAAGUUUAUUCGUCCCAUCGGCGUUGUACAUGUCUACCUGUCUAUUCGACUGAAGCGUAUCAACAAACUGGACAUCGAAAAACAGACGAUGGCACUGACCGGCUUCCUUUUCGUGACCUGGAAGGACGAACGGUUGGAAUGGACAAACUUUACCAGAAGAGGCACGCCUGGGGUACAGCUAUCACGGUCCAUCCCCGAUAUUUUUACCGCAGAGAGUUACACUUGGCUUCCACCCAUCAACAUCGAGAAUUCCGUCUCCGACAUGUCAAUCAUCAGUGAUCCAGAUGUCCCUAUGCGCGUCAGACAUACGGGUAACGUGGAGUGGAAUCCAGCAGGCAUUUUCACGGUCCAGUGCUAUUGUGAUGUCACCUUCUAUCCUUUCGACACACAGAUAUGUUCCUUAAUCAUAAGUACACGUGCUUACAGAAUCAGCGAGAUUAACCUGCAUUUUUCCAAAGACCCUAUACGAUUACAAAGUUAUCAGGAAAACGGGGAAUGGGAGUUACGGAAUUAUACCCUCGAGGAGAAAAGGAGCAGCACAGAGAGGGACAAAGGUGACUAUUCAUCUCUCCACGUGAACUUUACUAUGAGGAGGAGGCCUCUGUACGUGUUCAUGAACACCAUACUUCCCACAAUGCUGUUGUCCUUCCUCAGUGCCCUGGUGUUCAAACUGCCUCCAGAUUCCGGAGAGAAGAUCGGCUAUUCUUUGACGGUUCUGCUGGCCUAUGCUGUAUAUAUGAUGGUUAUCUCCUCAAACAUACCGGCAGCAGCGCUGAGUGUCUCCAUACUGUCCGUGUACACCAUGAUCGUUCUAAUCAUGGGAGUAGUUGCUGUCCUCCUAUCCAUUAUUGUCCUGGAAUGUUACCAUAAAGACCCGGAUGCGGAAGUAACAGUAGCGGUACGGAAGUGUUACAUGGCGUGCCUAAUCAUGAUCAGCGGCUGGAAGUGUUCUGGACAGCACAUCGGAAAAAACAUCCGGAGUUCGAGUGUCGUCCCCUUGGAUGACACAAUAAGGAAACCUGGUGAUAGACAUGUAUCUGUAUGUGACUGGGAUCAACAGAAAGUAGAACAAGUAAGCGAAUGUCAGGCAAAGGAAUCGGAUAGUGAACAAAAACCUGCGACGAGAAAUGCUUGGAUGGAUACGAAUCUGUCAUGGAGAGACUUUUCCCGCAUAUUGGAUAAGUUUUUUCUGAGACUGUACGUAUUCGUGUUGUUAAUCAUCACAGGAUUAGUGACUGUCAUGUUCUCGUGUGGAUAUUCCCAAACAUAACUCUCAAUGAAAUUAGGUGGAGAUAUAAUAUAUGUUAGAGUCAUGAGCCAUAAUAAUGACAAUGCUGUUCGUUUGUACAAACAUUUGAUAGUCAACGGCAAUAAACCCCCUUUUCUUGAAGCGUUGCUUUGUAAACAUUCGUAUUACAUUCAGGGGAUGCUCUGGACGUGAUCACGUUGUAACCAAUAGUUGUUUUGUGACACUUAGACUAACAUUAAAGCUGGAUAAAUGCGUUCUUUAUUGACUAAUACCGCUAUCAUUCCUUAUAGGAAUUUUUGUUUUUGAUGUCAUCUAUCGUGACCUACUUUUUGUUCUGGAUAUCAUCCAUCGUGACCUACAUUUUUUGCAAUUGAUGUUAUAUAUCGUGACCUACAUUUUUUGCAAUUGAUGUUAUAUAUCGUGACAUACAUUUUUUUUAUUUGAUGUCAUCCAUCGUGACCUACAUAUUUUUGUAUUUGAUGUUAUCCAUUCUGACUUUUUUGUUUUGGAUGUCAUCCAUCGUGACCUACAUUAUUUGAUUUUAUUUAUUUUUGAUAUUGUUUUUCUAAUUAUUUUGUAAUUGAUGUCAUCCAUCGUGACCUACAUUUUUGUAUUUGAUGUUAUCCAUCGUGACCUACUUUUUCGUUCUGGAUGUCAUCCAUCGUGACCUACAUUUUUGUAUUUGAUGUUA